AUGUUUACUCGAUGCUGAAGAGGAUGUUUAUACAGCACAACCUGCUGACAGACAUUAGGUAGCUCACAACUGGACGCUGCAUUAUGAAACGCGAUACAUCUUUGCUUGAGUAACCGCGACUGGAGGCUCGUAAAAGCCUUCAUUAUGCGCGUUCGCUGUGUCAUCGUAACUUACCGUUCAUCGACUGAUAUUGUGAGGCUUGCUGAAACGAUUUAGUCGGUUUUGCGCAAUGGCGGGUGUCGGGGUCAGUAUGCUGUCCCGGGGUCAGCUGCCGUCUGCAUCCUCUAACUCCUCGCCCACUGAGCUCCAGGCCCAGGGCUGCUCCAACGGGGACUUCAUGGGCUCCUUCGGCAUCUUCCUGCAGGGCCUGCUGGGAGUGGUGGCCUUCAGCACCCUUAUGUUGAAACGCUUUAGGGAGCCCAAGCAUGAACGGAGACCCUGGAAAAUCUGGUUUCUGGACACCUCCAAACAGGCCAUAGGGAUGCUGUUCAUUCACUUUGCCAAUGUCUACCUGUCUGACCUCACAAAGGAGGACCCAUGUUCACUAUACCUGAUCAACUUCCUGUUGGAUGCGACGCUGGGCAUGCUGGUGAUCUAUGGCGGUGUGAAGGCUAUUAGCGUUGUGGUGGAAUGGAGACAGUGGGAUUCAUUGCGUUUUGGAGAGUAUGGUGAGCCUGUUCAGUGCACUGCCUGGGCGGGUCAGUGUGCCCUGUAUAUCCUCAUCAUGAUCUUUGAGAAGGUCAUGAUCAUAUUGGUUCUCCUCAUCCCACAGUGGAAGAAGCUGGCUACACUCAACCCCCUGAAGAACCCUAAGCUAGAGCUAGCUAUCGUCAUGCUAAUCGUCCCGUUUUUCGUGAACGCUCUUAUGUUCUGGGUGGUAGAUAACUUCCUAAUGAAGAAGGGGAGAACAAAAGCCAAACUGGAGGAGAGAGUAGCAGAAGACGAUCCUCGCGGAAACAGCAAAGUGCGCUACAGACGGGCACUGUCACAUGAUGACUCGGAAUCAGAAAUCCUGUUCUCUGCAGAUGAUGAAAUGGAGGAUUCAGAGGGUGACGACGAUGUACGAAGAAUCACAGGGCUCAAGCCUGUUAAGAAAAAGAAACACCGUCUUGGUAUUCCAGUAUGAAUGCAUUUGCCUCUCUCAUUCCCACAAGCACAGAAAGUGAGGCGCUUACUGACUGACUAUAUUAUGAGCUGUGACUUGUGUAAAGGACUUUUGCAAGCAUUUGAGCGUUUUGACCAGCUUACGGGAGAUGAUUGGACAAGUUUUGUGUUUUUUUUUGCACAUUCAUAAUUGUGUAUCACGCUGCUUUCUGCAUAAAAAUCACAUGGUUCUGCAGUGGAUAUACAACUACAUGGUCUCUCCAUCUGUUCAGUCUUCAUGAAUAACACACUGUGGUUCUAGCAAGAGAAAUACCUUUAAACAUGCAUGCGAAUGAUCAUGGACUCUUCAAGGUCACUCGCGGUCACUGUCUGUGAGCUGAGCUGCAGCAGAGUUUUGUGCAUAUCAGCUGUGAGGAAAUUGUGCUGAUAAAUGUUAAGGAAUAACAUUUGUCAGCAGUGUUUUGAGCUGGUGUAUUAAUACAGUUGCUACAGUCUAGCUUGCAGUGUCUGUUUUUAACCGUUGAGUUGCAGACAAGGUACAUAAAUACAGCGAUGGCUGCUUCAGCUCCCUCAAUAUGUGAUUUGUUUUGUUGUUUUCCUCAGUUCAGUGUGUUGCUGAUUCUUGCCACAGAUAUCUUUCUCUCUUGUAUUUAUUUAGGGCUUUUUUAAUUGUAUGUGUGGUCUCCAAAAGGAAACAUUCACCCAAAAUUAAAACAUCAAUAACUUGUUUCCAUUACCAAUAAA